AUGGAGAAAGAAGAAGUACCGACCCCUGAGACCCGCGGAUCCGCACCAGUAUCUGAAGACCAUGAGCACGUGGAACGCGUCCCAACCCACCUAUCGGUUGAAGAUUUCAAGUGGGAUAUCGACAUCAUCACGAAUCUAGCAGCACUCUACGUUGUCUUUUUUGCCUCCACCUGGAUGUUGAUCGUCCCUAGCUCUAUCAUUGGAUUUAUUACAGAAGCCUUUCCGACUGAGUCCGAUAAGUCAGUAUGGAUAGCGACCGCAAUUACAAUCUCGAACUGCGUCCUUUCGUCUUUUGUGGGGUUGCUCUCCGAUAUUCUAGGCCGUAAGGUGUUCGUCCUGGUGGGCAUGGUUCUAGGCCUGAUAGGAACCCUUGUGUCCAGCCGGGCACAUGGCAUGGAACAGGUGAUCGGGGGACAGGUUCUUUCCGGCUGUGGUCUUACCAUAGGAUACCUUGCCAUCGCCCUGACGCAGGAGAUCGUCCCCAAAGACAAACGGCCAAUCACGCAAGCAAUUACUGCUGUAGCCGCCGGAAUCGCGACGAUCAUAGGCCCCAUUAUCGGCGGGGCCUUUAUCAAACAUGAAGUCGGAGGAGUGAACAACGGCUGGAGAGGCCCCUUCUACCUUGGAGCCGGUUUCUUCGCGAUCGCCUUCAUCACAACGCUGUUCUUUUACAACCCCGGACCGAGACCAAACCCAGAAGGCCUCCCCAUCCGGACCCGCCUCGCCAAAGUCGACUGGUUGGGUGUCUUCCUCGUCGCAGCCGGCCUGACGCUCUUCCUAGUAGGCCUCUUCUACGGCGGAAAUCCCGACAAAUGGACCUCAGGCCGCGUCCUUGGCCCUCUAAUCGUCGGCGCCGUUCUCCUUAUUGCCUUCGGCCUCUACGAAUGGAAGGGCACCAGCACCGGCCUCCUCGCUCAUAUCUUGUUCAAGCACCGCAACUUCCCCAUCAGUUUGUCUCUUAACUUCGUCGGGGGCAUCGUGCUCUUCGGCGGCCAAGCCUUCCUCCCCCAGGAAAUCAUCCAGCUCUACACCUCCGAUGCCGUGCUGACCGGCGUGGACAACCUUCCGUUCAGCAUAUCAGCCGUGGUGGGCGGCGCACUCCUCUUUGUUGCGUUCAUCUUCACCAAGAAUGCGAAGCCCAUCACCAUCGUGAGCCUGGCCAUCAUCAUCCUGGGCUCCGGCCUCAUGUGCGUAAUGGAACCGCACAUCAACUACGCCGCAUGGUUCUUCCCGACCGCGCUGCUCGGCCUCUCCGUCGGCCUGCAGACCGCCGUCGUGCCCCUAAUCGUCAGCGUCUGCACGCCCAAUCAUGCCAUUGGAACAGCCAUCAUGAUCUCCAACUCGGCGCGCUCCUUCGGCGGCAGCAUCGGCACCGUCAUCUUCCAGCAGAUCUUCGCGCACAAGAUCAAGGCCAUCCUGCCCAAGAAAGUCAUCCCCGCCGUGCUGAAGGCCGGGCUACCGCAGACGUCGCUGCCCUCACUGCUCGAGGCGUUUGCGGCGCAGAGCCAGGCGCUGAUCGUACAGGUUCCCGGGUUCACGCCCGCCAUCUACGCGGCCUUGGUCAGGGCCGCGGGCAAGGCGUACGCCGACUCGUUUAGGUAUAUCUGGUACGCUCUCCUCGCGUUCGCGUGCGCGUGCACGAUUCUGAGCUUCUUCUUGGAGAACACGACGUUGAUGAUGACGCAUGAGGUUGCGGUGCAGGUGGAGCAUGGGCAUCACCAUAUUAACCCGCUGCACCAUGAGCAUCACGAGCAUGGGCAUCCGGAGAAUAAGCAUGAUCCUCUGCAUAAGGAAGAGGUGUGAGGGAGAUCGAAAACGGAUGUUGGCUACGAGAAAAUGAUAUGCAUUGCAUGGUGCGAGUAUGUAAUUUGAUAUGAUGAUAUCAGGAAUGAAGUCGUUCG